CCAGAGGCCGUAUUUAAGGCGCCGCGCGGCGCCGGUUCUCUUCACUCGUUCGUCUCAAAGACUGCCGAGAACUUUACGUUCAAUAAAGCUGGAGAUUCUCCAAGCUGCUUUCUAAAAGCAACCCGUCUUAGCGCGGUUCGUCCCAUGUUCGAUUAUUGGUGAAAAGCCAGUUUACCAGUUCGGUAUUUCCGGGAGCCCUUCGAGAGUCAAUCAAUCGUCAAAAUGGUCAGAAUCGACGUCAUCAACAUCCCUGAUGCGCCUGUGGCUAUCAUCCCGCCAUCUGGCAUUAAGAAACUUGUCGGACAAGAGCUCUUCGACGACUCAAGGCUCAAGCAACUGCCCCAGAACGUCAGGGAAUAUGUGCUCAAGAACAUCAACCUGUGCAAGCCGGACAGUGUCUAUCUCUGCGAUGGAUCCGAAGAUGAAAAUCAACGUCUGGUGGACUUGAUGGUCGAGCGUGGCAUGCUUGAGAAACUCCCGAAAUACGAAAACUGG